AUGGAUCUUUGCGACCUCCGUCGCUUGGGCGAACAGUCGCCGCGGCGCGCGGCACGGCUGCGAGAGGCCUUGCUCUCUGUGCUGCUGCCACGCCUGGGAAUGGACCCUGUGCACUUCCCGCCAAUGUUGCGGGAGCUCCACCAGAGACGGAUACAGGCGGCGCGGCAAGUGCUCGCCGCAUGGCUGUUCCUCCUCCUGGAAGGAGAAGCCACCCUCCCGGUCAAGAGCAAGCCACCCGAGCUGCUGCUUGAGCACGGGGUAAGAGUCCCGUGGUCAGCGAACCCGGAACGUGGUGGAAUUCAAUCAGGAUCAGCUGAUGAUGCACGCCGUGGUGCAGGUGAUGAGCCUGGCAGGGCGGACACGGUCGACCCGGAAGGCUAUGACCGUCUCUGCGUUGGAGCUGCCGCUGGCAGUUCGCUGAGGUUGGAGAGCCCUUGGCAACCCGGACUCGCUACGGAGGGGAAUGUGCUGCGAUCGAGUUCUUCUGGUCCGGCUCCUUCGGAACCGUCGUCGCGAAGGGAUGCAGAAGGAGAUGGGUCAUGGAGUUGCGGCACAACGAGAGUGCUUGGCGAGACUUCUGCAUGGAGCCCUGGGGGAAACUGCCUAGCGAAGACCGCUGCAAGCGGCGGGAGCCAGAGUUCGCGGAGAGCAUCCUACGAGGAAUUCGGCCUGGAGCGUCCAGGAAAUGGUGAGGUUGACGGAGGUUUCCAACCCCAAGACGGUGAUGUGCAUGCUGGGCCGGUGCCGGAGGCAGCAGCCUUGUCGCAAAAGCCUGGCAGGGCUGACACGGUCGACCCGGAAGGCUAUGACCGUCUCUGCGUUGGAGCCGCUGGCAGUUCGCUGAGGUUGGAAAGCCCUUGGCAACCCGGACUCGCUACAGAGGGGAAUCCGCUGCGAUCGAGUUCUUCUGGUCCGGCUCCUUCGGAACCGUCGUCGCUAAGAGGUGACGAAGGAGAUAGGUCACGGAGUGGCGGCACAGCGAGAGCGCUUGGUGAGACUUCUGCACAAAGCCUUGGAGGAAACUGCUUGGCGGAGACAGCAGCAAGCGGCAGGAGCCAGAUCUCGCGGAGAGCGGGUAGCCACCCCCAAGACGGUGACGUGCAUGGUGGGCGGGUGCCGCAGGCAACAGCUUUUUCGCAACAGCCCAGCAAGUCCGGCACGGACCUCCCGGAAGGCGACGACCGCCAAGUCACAGCGCCACUCGCUGCUGCUGGCGGUUCGACGGGCUCUUCUGGCCUUUUGCAACCCGGGCUUGCCGCGGAGGCUUGCUUUGAAAGUGACGGGGAUCUGCUGCGAUCGCGUUCUUCGGGUCCGGCUCCUUCGGAACUAUCGUCGCCGCCAGGUGCAGGAGGAGAUAGAUCAUGGAGUGACGGCACAGCGAGAGCGCCUGGUGAACAUGUUCCGACGAGCGCAGAUGAGAUAGGUUGCCAUGGAGGCCUCACCAUAGGCCCUGAGAUGGCUGAGCAUCAGAAGUUGUCGACCUUCCCGCAGGUGUCUUUGACUCUGCCCAUCCCCGAGCACCUCGGACACUCCAGCGAUGGCAGCUCGGAGGGCACGGAGACCGCCAGCCCCGUCUCAGUGAGGAGCCCUGCGGGGCGUGCUUUGGGCACAUUGGGCCCGCGAAAUGCAGAGCUUCAUGCAGGGCAUUGUUGCCAUCGCGGAGCCACUGAUGGAGAAUUUGCCGGCCCUGGAGCAGCAGGCAGACACGAUGAAAUCGGAGACCAGCCACAUCCCUCGUCGCAAGUGCUUGGCAGUGGCGGCGCUGUCCCGGAAAGCUAUGAGCUUUGUGCGGCAGGUGCUGCUGGCUCACAGGGCUGUGAGAGCCAUUGGCAACCCGAGCUUGCUGCGGAGGCUUGUCACAUGAGUGAGGGCAAUGCUUUGCGAUCGAGUUCUUCGCGUCCGGCGAAUUCGCAGCGAUUAUCGUCGCUGACAGGUGCAGCAGGAGAUGGGCCAUCGAAUGGCGGCACAACAGAAGCGCGCGGCGAGACUUCUGCACAGAGUCCUGGAGGUGACUGCCUUGCAAACACCGCAGCGAGUGGCGGACACGAGGAAGUCGGCGCCGGGCAUGGGCUAGAGGCACAUCCCUCGUCGCAAGUGCUUGGCAGUGCCGGCGCUGUCCCGGAAAGCUAUGAGCUUUGUGCAGCAGGUGCUGCUGUCUCACAGGGCUGCGAGAGCCAUUGGCAAGCCGAGGCUUGCCACAUCAGUGAGGGGAACGCUUUGCAAUCGAGUUCUUCGCGUCCGGCAUCGCUGACAGGUGCAGCAGGAGAUGGGCCAUGGAAUGGUGGCACAGCAGAAGCGCGUGGCGAAACUGCUUCACAAAGUUCUGGAGGUAACUGCCUUGCAGGCACUGCAGCGAGUGGCAGACACAAUGAAGUCGGAGACCAGCCACAUCCCUCGUCGCAACUGCUUGGCAGUGGCGGCGCUGUCCCGGAAAGCUAUGAGCUUUGUGCAGCAGGUGCUGCUGGCUCACAGGGCUGUGAAAGCCAUUGGCAACCCGAGCUUGCUGCGGAGGCUUGUCACAUGAGUGAGGAGAAUGCUCUGCAAUCGAGUUCUUCGCGUCGGGCGUCUUCGCAGCGGUUACCGUCACUGACAGGUGCAGCAGGAGAUGGGUCAUGGAAUGGCGGCACAACAGAAGCGCGCGGCGAGAGUUCUGCACAAAGUCCUGGAGGUAACUGCCUUGCAGACACUGCAACGAGUGGCAGCAGCCAGAGUUCGGAGACAGCUGUGCCUUUGAACACCAUGUCGUUCGGUACGGAGGUGUGGCAAGCAGUCCCAGGACGCGGCGAGGUCGAAGGUCGCGCCGCGGUUGGUACCAUGCCCAGUGGGCCUCAGCUGGUUGCAUCUCCGAAAGUGCCACGAAUAAAGCUCUCCGGCACCCUCGUCGCGGAAGGCUACGAUGUUCCUUCUGGAGGUGCUGUCCAUGGGGAGCAUGGGCCAUCACCGAGUUUUGCAGGUCGGCAUCGACGGAGCGGCAGCUCGGCGCAACAACCCGACGAUCCGAUCCUUCAAUCGGCAGAGCCUGACGUCUCGAUCGGCAGCGCCGCAGGAAGCAGCGCCAGUGAGGGCCCUCCGGAGGCCGGUCCCGGUGGCUUCGAGCCGGCUGGCGCCAGGAGGAUGCCUUCCGUCGCGGCUCUGAGUCCUCUGAGCCCUGUCGAGGUGUCUGGCACGGAGGACCAGCGCAGCGCCGAGCUUCAUGAAGGCAGCCUUGCGAUAGCUGCCACCAGUGCCGAGACACUCGAGGAGCCAGGUCCUGGUUCGGCUGGCAUGGAGCGAGAAAGCAGCCAGUCAUCUGGCGACCCGGGGAUGAGGGCCGUGGAGAGUUCCUGCAGCUCCUUGCCUCGCGUUCCUCGCAGCUGGGAGCCUCCUGAGGCUUUCCUCCGACAGCAGAGCGACAAAGGGCCUGGUCAGACUGAGUCCGACUCGAGCCAGGACGCCGAGGCCGUGCGGCGCGUGGCCUCCUCCCCGGAGCUCGGGAGAGCCGCUGGCUUCAGCGUCUUCAGCGAGCUCAUGCUGCCACGGCGCCGUCACAGCGACAUCGUGCCGACAUCGCAGAGCUCCGGGCGCCCAGCUGCUCGCAGCGCUGGCGAGGCUCGGCUGCUGUGUCCGAGACCGAAAAGGGGGUCCCUCUACGAGACGUUUCGCACUGCACCGAGGCUUGAUGCACGGGAAAGCGGCAAUGGGGGUGCAUCGGGUGCAGCCCAACAGGAUUGCCUCCCCUCUUUUGGGCCACGGAUCAGCGCCGAAGAGUUGGCACCAAGCUCUCAAGGUACCCGGAGCCAUGGGGAUGGUUCGAGCCAGACGCCCACCGGUUCACGCAAGCGCAAUGGCAGCACGGGCGGCACGGCAAGCCCGCAGCGACUGGCCAUGGCUUGCUGCGUCGGAAGCAGCGAGGAUUGGCAGCAGCUGGCCUUGCCCGGUGAGGCCACUGGAACUUUGGACGUGACCUCCUCGGACGGCGCUGUCGGAAGCCAGGUGGCACAGGCGACCAGUGGUAGCCCGCUUCUCGAUGCGGUGCCGGCAUUGCCAGCCAUCGGCAAGCUCAAGGCAGCAGCGGCAGCGGAGUUGCCGGGCGAGAGCCAAACCAAGCCGGAAGAGAACGGUUCCAGCGGCCAGGCGACCAGUGGAAGCCCGCUCCUCGAUGCGGUGCCGGCAUUGCAAGCCAUCGGCAAGCUCAAGGCAGCUGCGGCAGCGGAGUUGCCGGGCGAGAGCCAAGCCAAGCCGGAAGAGAACAGUUCCAGCGGCCAGACGCACGCGACCAGUGGGAGCCCGCUCCUCGAUGCGGUGCCGGCAUUGCAAGCCAUCGGCAAGCUCAAGGCAGCUGCGGCAGCGGAGUUGCCGGGCGAGAGCCAAGCCAAGCCGGAAGAGAACAGUUCCAGCGGCCAGGAGUCCUACAGUCUGGCGGCCUCCGCCUUACGACGCACGGUGAUCGGGGCUUUGCCAGCGACAGGGAACGCGACGCCGCAGAGCACGCCGCUGAGCACCUGCCCGAGCCCCUCCCACAGCGAACGCUCGAAGAAGUGGAUCCUGGAGCGCUUAGUGGAGGCUGGUGCUCUGACCAGCUUCGAGCCUAGUCCGGCAGCCGAUGCCUGCAUGACGGAGCCUGCUCAUCCUGAUGGGAGCGGGGGGCCGCAGUGCAGCCCCGCACUGCUGCCGCAGCUACGUCAGGAGAGCGGUUCUUUGAAAGUGGGCCUGGAGGAUGGGGACCCCGCCGUUACAUCUGUGCCAUCAGGUCCUUUGCAGGAAGACCUGCGGGAGGGGCCAGCCUUCGCGCGAGCUCUCACAGGGGGCUCUCAUCGAAGUGCAGACGAGGGAUCCGACGAUUCGGUCCUGUCUCCCAGGGAGCUGCAGCGCCAUCAGGAAGCGCUGCUUGCCCGCAGUGCCAAGUUCAAGGAACAGCUGGCAGAGGAGGAGGCAUUGCGGAAGCGCUUGGAGGCCUUGCAAAAGAAGGCUGCAGAAGCAAAGCAAAUCGAGGAGCCCAAGGCCAGCGAGAGCAGCAAGAGCGAGAACGUUCCGACGAUCAGCAAGGAGAAGCCCAAAGACAAGGAGAAGGAGAGCGAGCCCAUCAGCCCGAAGACGCCCUCCGAGGCCUCGCCGACAUCUCCAUCCCCGACCUCGCCGGGCAAAGGCAAAGGCAAAGCCCCGGGAAAAGCUCCGCCUCCAAAAAAAGGCAAGGGCAAGGGCCCCGACGUGGAAUCCGCCCGUCAGCCCCGCAUGCCGGAGGUGAAGCCUCGUAAGGCGAUGAAGAAGUUGUACUGGAACCCUCUCAAGCUGGGGAACGGCUUUUCUUCCACCGUUUGGGAGUUUGCAGCCCAGCGUUUCGAGCAGGGAGGCAACUUCUUCGACAUGGAUGAGCUGGAGGACAACUUCGCCGAGGCAGGCGGCUGUGGCGGUGCAUCGCCGCAGCGGCCGCGAACACAGAAGCGCCGUCGCGUGCUCGACGAGAAGCGCCGCAGACAGCUUUGGUUCAUGCUGGCCCUCAUGCCGGAGAGAGCACAGCUCUUGGAAGCUGUGGCUUCCAUGGACGAUGAGCAGCUGAAGCCGGAGAAGGUGGAGCUCCUGCAGAUGAACCUCCCCAUGCCAGUGGAUCUUCAGCUGAUCGAAAGCUCUCUGAAAGCCGAGCCCCUGGCUGAAGGCACCGGAGUUCAACGGGUGUCUGAGUUAGGGGUUUAA